GAGCCAAAUCCUCGUCUUAUCUAAUCUCCUCCCCGCUGCCUGGCCACCGAGCGCCCGCCUUCCCGCACUCCAGCGUGUCCAGCUGCUGCGGUCGUCUCUCUUUGGCUUGGCAAUUCCACGCCCAUCAUCAACGUUCCAUCAUACCCUCCGAGAUCAAGCCUCGUCAAUCAAAGACUUGUUGUGUCCAAAACAGACACUAAUACCGGAACGUCGCAAGGAAGCAUAAUCACUCCGCGACAUUUAUUUUCUGCGUCGCUCUCUCGACCAGUCCGAAGUCCAGACGGAACACGAUCAUCGCCGCGCCACCCCUCGCUCCCCAAUCACGUCACUCAUCCCGCUCCCUGCUGCGCAGCGAUGGCAGACAGCGCCGAGGCGGGCAGCGACGCCCAAAUCACCUUCAAGGUGAAGAGUUCCAAUGACAAGACACACACCAUCACCAUGGAGGAAUCGGCCUCCGUUCUCGAGCUCAAGUCCAAGCUGGCCGGCAGCGAUUUUGAGGAUAUCCCCGCCGACCGACAGCGGCUGAUCUACUCCGGGCGCAUCAUGAAGGACUCUGAUGCUUUGAGUGUGUACAAAAUCAAGAAUAUGAACACUAUCCACAUGGUCAAGAGCGCUCGCAGCAACGCACCCCCCGCCGCCACGAGUGCUUCGGCUUCGACACCGACUCCCGCUGCAGUACCCCAAAACAUGGCCGCCGGUUCCAUCGCCGGCGACCCCCUUGCAGGUCUUACGGGUGCCCGGUUCGCUGGCCAUAUCAACUUACCGAGCGCCGACAUGUUUGGUGCGGAUGGUGGGAUGGGCGCGCCGCCCAGCGAGGACCAAAUAGCCGAAAUGCUAUCAAACCCGAUGGUUGCGCAAACCAUGAACGAAGCCCUCAACAACCCCAACUUCGUCGAUUACAUGAUCCGCUCGAACCCGCAGCUAGCCAACCUGCCCAACGCCCGUGAGAUGCUCCAGUCCCCGGCCUUCCGGGACAUGAUGACGAACCCGGAAGCUAUUCGUAUGGCGGCGAGGAUGCGUAGGGCACUACAUGGCGGAGGGGACGCUUCUUUCCCGGCUCCCGGGGCUACGGAUAACACACCGGCUGGUGCGGCGGGGACUGGGGCGCCCGCAGGAGCGGGUAACGCCGCUGGUGACGAGCAUCUCCGGGCUCUUUUCGGCGGUGGCGGAGGCGCUGCGAACCCGUUCGCUCCGGGUGCCGCGAACCCCUUUGCCCCCUUCCUUGGCAUGAUGGGACCCGGCGGUCUCGCCGGCAUGGGCGCGACCGGGCAAGCCCCUGCAGCUCCCGCCCAGCCCGCCGCUUCGCCCGAGAAUCGUGGUGCGCCAGCGGGCCAACCCGGCAACCCUGCCCAGGCGGCCAACCCUUUCAACGCUCUCUUCGGUGGCGGUGGCGGUGGCGGUGGCGGUGGCGGUGCCGGCGCCGGCGCCGGCGCCCCGGGUGCGAACGCCAACAAUCCGUUUGGGCUCCCGCCUAUCUCGCCCGAAGCCAUGCAGCAAUUGGCCCAGAUGUGGGGAUUGGGCGCACCGGGCGCGGCUGCUGCGGCACCGGCGCCGGUCGACAAUCGGCCCCCGGAGGAGCGCUAUGCCGAGCAGCUGCGCCAGUUGAACGACAUGGGCUUCUUCGACUUUGACAGCAACGUGGCGGCGCUUCGUCGCAGCGGCGGCAGUGUCCAAGGCGCAAUCGAGCACCUACUAUCGGGCCCAUGAGAGAGCGCUAGGGGAUGGGUAGUUUGAAGUGGUGGUUGAGGCACGGAGUUUGGGUGUGGUUGAAGUCCCUUGAUGAGACCGGACUUAGGAACACAGAGGCAGGGCAGGCAGAACAAUUCAUGAUGUAUGCUAAUGAGGCAAAUCGGGGGUGAGGAACACACUCUGGAGGUAUGAAGAUCCACAAAGCACUAACUAUUUCUCCGUGUGGGAGUUGGUCUGCAUCUGACUGAGGGUCAUGGAGGCAUGUUGUGUAUGUACCUUGUACUUGGUGUGCUUAUCGAAUACUGGAAGUGGCCUCUAUCUCUGUGGUUGUUUCACAGAAAUCUCAAAAGAGGAACCCCCACGUCAGAGAGCGCCACACCGCCAGGCAAGCCGAGACCCGGAUCCCCUGAAACCACCCUGUCGGAGUUACGGUUUUGGGCUUGGGGCCCGAAUUUUCAGCAGGUCUCGUGAACAUCCAACCCUGCUGC